AUCAGGUGGAGCCACGCCGACCGCUGGGCGGACCGCCCACCCGUCGGCGUGCGAGGCCUCCGUGCACGUGCGUGCGUGUGAGUCCAUACCAACGAACCAGCGGUGGGAAGUUUCCCAACUGAUAACGUCGAUUCACGCCACUGUUGCCCGACUUGAGUCGCGCAACUAAAAGGAGGCAACAGCAGUGAGGCGGCUUCCCAUAGAAGCUAACUUAUCUCGUGUAGAGCUUUUGGUGCCAGCCAGGAUGAUUCUGGCAACAUUAAAGGGCAUUGGGAAGCAGCUCCUGCGGGUGAAGGUUGUCGACUGCAACACAGUGGACUCCCGGUUGUCUCGAUGCCUCAACACGUUCGACCUGGUGGCCCUCGGCGUCGGCAGUACGCUGGGUGCCGGAGUCUACAUCCUCGCCGGCGCCGUAGCGCGGGACAGCGCUGGACCCGCCAUCGUCCUCUCCUUCCUCAUAGCCGCCUUCGCCUCAGUCCUGGCCGGUCUGUGCUACGCCGAGUUCGGAGCCCGCGUCCCCAAAACUGGCUCGGCUUACCUCUACAGCUAUGUGACAGUUGGGGAGCUGUGGGCUUUUAUCACAGGCUGGAACCUCAUCCUCUCAUACGUCAUUGGAACUUCAAGUGUGGCCAGAGCAUGGAGCGCGACCUUCGAUGAGCUGAUCGGAGGGCACAUUGAGGGAUUCUGCAGACGUCACAUGACCAUGAAUGCCCCAGGCAUCCUGGCAGAGUACCCAGACUUAUUUGCCGUCUUCAUAAUAAUCACUCUGACGGGACUGCUUACAUUUGGAGUGAAGGAGUCGGCCAUGGUGAAUAAAGUGUUCACCUGCAUCAAUAUGGUAGUGCUGCUGUUUAUGAUAAUCUCUGGCUUAAUCAAAGGAAACCUGAAUAACUGGAACUUGAAGCCUGAUGAAAUCCUUAAUGCCACCAGCAACUCUAGCCUCAAUAUCUCUGAUACCCCACCGUCUGCAGAACGUCUCGGUGAAGGCGGCUUCAUGCCGUUUGGCAUGAGUGGAGUCCUCUCUGGCGCCGCCACCUGCUUUUAUGCAUUUAUAGGCUUUGACUGCAUUGCCACGACAGGAGAAGAAGUGAAGAAUCCUCAGAGGGCCAUUCCCAUCGGCAUUGUGGCCUCGCUCCUUAUUUGCUUAGUGGCGUACUUCGGUGUGUCCGCGGCCCUCACUUUGAUGAUGCCUUACUACCUGCUGGAUGAGAACAGCCCUCUGCCAGUGGCCUUCAAGUAUGUGGGCUGGGAGGAAGCCACUUACGCAGUGGCCAUUGGAUCGUUAUGUGCCUUGUCGACCAGUUUACUAGGCUCCAUGUUCCCAAUGCCCAGAGUGAUCUGGGCCAUGGCAGAAGAUGGGCUGCUCUUCAAAUGUUUGGCCAAAAUCAGCCCGAGAACCAAAACCCCUCUAACAGCUACAAUAACAUCUGGUGUUGUGGCAGCUGUGAUGGCUUUCCUGUUUGACUUGAAGGACCUGGUGGACCUCAUGUCCAUUGGCACUUUGCUGGCCUAUACUUUGGUGGCUGCCUGUGUGCUGGUCCUCAGGUACCAGCCUGAACAGCCCAGUGUGGCCUACAAGAUGGUCAACACUCAGGAUGAACCUGAAAUGGCUUUUAACGAGGGGAACGUCGACGAUCGCUUCACCAUCAGGAAUUUACUUUUCCCCUCAAACACGGAGCCGUCCCCUCUGUCCGGGUUUGCCGUCAACAUUUGCACCAGCAUCAUGGGUGUGUUGGUGUGCAUCUUCGGCAUCGUAGCUGUCCAAGGACGUCUGGCAGUCUGGUCGGUGUCUGUCCUCAGCUUUCUCACGGUGGUCGGUUUGAUGGUCACCUUCAUCGUGUGCAGACAGCCGCAAAGCAAGACCAAGCUGGCUUUCAAGGUUCCCCUGCUGCCCUUUCUCCCAGUCCUCAGUAUGUUCAUCAACGUCUAUCUCAUGAUGCAGUUCGACAAAGGAACCUGGAUGCGCUUUGCCAUCUGGAUGGCCUUAGGUUUCCUUAUCUACUUUGGCUAUGGUUUUCGCAACAGUGCAGAGGCCAGCACCUACACGCCCACCUCCACAAUAAAGGUUGAGCCCAUGGCCAAAACGAAGGAAGCCUUUCAACACGACACAGGAGACGAUGAGGAAGAUUCCUGAGGAAACGGGAAGGUUCACUGAUCCACUCUCUUUCUGUUCUGUAAAGGGCGACUGUCGGUCAGUGGUUAGCAGGUCCGUCUUUCAAUCAGGGGGUUGGUGGUUCAAUCCCCGCCCUAGUCGAUGUGUCCUUGAGCAAGACACUUAACCCUGAAUUGUUC